UGUGAGCUGGAUCCACACUCAUCAAACAGACCCACUUUCAAAUAAAAUAAUCAAACUCCAUUUUCUUUUACUUUUAAUUUUAAUUUAAAAUUUUGUUGAUGAUUUUACCCAGAAGUAUUGAAUUGCAGAAAGCCAUGUCUUCAACCUCAUAAUUUUUUAAUUUAUAAUUUUAAUUUUUUAUAUAAAAAACCAAUCAAUUUAUUCCUUAUUGCUUUUAUCCCUCUUUCACUUUCUCUCUCUUCAAACCUCAGUUUCUCUCUCUACUCUUUUUCUCCUCUCUCAAUAUUUCGAGAAGAUCUCAACUUGGGUUUGCUCAAUUUCCUGAAUUUGGAACUGGGUCUCUAAUAUUUUCCAUUAAAUCCUCUAAAAAUCUAGUCUUUCACUUAGUCAAAAUCAGUAAAAACCCAAUAGAAUCUUAUAUACUUGGGUUUCAUUUCAAUUUUAUUUAUUUUUGUUUCUACCUCCAAGAUUCCAUUUUGAAAUUGGAAUUUUUAAAGUGGGUUUAAUUUUAAUUAAUUUAAUUCAUGUGGAGUUUAAUUACGUGAGAAGUUUGAUCUUUUUGUUUUUGGUUUUUAAGAAUUUAAUUUUUGGUGGUCAAACCCAUUUUUUGGUGGGUAUAUUGAAUCAAGGUUUAGAUGAGAUGAAUUUGGGUGGCGGAUUAAUGGGAUCCAUGAGUAUGCCUAGUUCUACAACUAGCCGGAAAUCGGUGGAUUCUGUCACCGGCGACGUAUUUCCGGUAGGUCUCCGGGUACUUGUGGUUGAUGAUGAUCCAACUUGCCUCACCAUUUUAGAGAAGAUGCUCCGUACUUGUCGGUAUGAAGUUACCAAGACUAAUAGAGCUGAAUAUGCCCUGAGCUUGCUCCGUGAGAAGAAGAACGGGUUUGACAUCGUCAUAAGUGAUGUACACAUGCCCGAUAUGGACGGGUUUAAACUCCUUGAACACGUUGGGUUGGAAAUGGAUCUACCUGUUAUCAUGAUGUCGGCGGAUGAUAGCAAACAAGUAGUCAUGAAGGGAGUUACCCAUGGAGCUUGUGAUUAUUUGAUCAAACCGGUGCGAAUUGAAGCACUGAAAAACAUAUGGCAGCACGUGGUGAGGAAGAAGAAGUAUGAUUACAAAGAUGUUGAACAAUCCGGGAGCUGGGAUGAAGGGGACCGACAACUAAAACAAGAUGAUGCAGUCUCGUCCCCGGCCAAUGACGGGAGUUGGAAGAAUUCAAAGAGAAAAAGUGGUGAGGACGAGGACACGGAUGAAAAGGAUGAUAACGCUACACUAAAAAAACCUCGGGUUGUUUGGUCAGUUGAGCUUCAUCAACAGUUUGUGGCUGCUGUUAAUCAGCUCGGCAUUGAUAAAGCUGUUCCAAAGAAAAUAUUGGAGUUGAUGAAUGUUCCUGGGCUUACAAGAGAAAAUGUCGCAAGCCAUCUUCAGAAAUACCGUUUGUACUUAAGAAGGCUGAGUGGAGUAUCACAGCACCAAGGUGGAUUAAACAACUCAUUUAUGCCCCAAGACCCGACUUUCAGCACAAUAUCGUCCUUGGGCGGUAUUGAUCUCCAAACUCUAGCGGCCACCGGUCAAUUUUCAGCACAGACCCUAGCAGCGUACACGAGACUCCCUCCAUCAAUUAAACCUGGAAUGUCAAUGCCCUUUGUUGACCAGAGAAGCCUGUUUAGCUUCGAAAACUCCAAGUUAAGAUAUGGAGAGGGACAACAACAACAACAACAACAACAACAACAACAACAAGCACAAAUUAAUAAUGUUAAUAAGCAAAUGAACUUGCUGCACGGAAUCCCAACAACCAUGGAACCAAAGCAACUCGUGGGGUUGAAUCAAUCUGCACAAACUCUUGGGAGUAUGAGCAUGAGCAUGAGCAUGCAAGGUAAUGCUUCGAGUAGCCAUCAGAGUAGCUCUUUACUGAUGCAGCAGAUGGUCCCACAACAGUCAAGGGGACAAAUUUCAAAUGAAUGUGUCAGUAGUCAAGUUUCGCGAAUUCAACCCUCAAUAAUAGGACAACAAUUGCAGCCAAAUGGAAAUGCUACUUCAGUUUUAUCUAGAAAUGGUAUGGGGGGUUAUGAUACUGUUUCUCAAGCUGGCCCGGUAGUUGAUUUCUCUGUGAACCAAAUCUCUGAAUUAUCAGGUAAUAGUUUCCCUCUUGGGAGUACCCCGGGAAUAACGUCUAUCGCAUCAAAGGGAUAUAAUCAAGAGGAAAUUAGCUCUGAUAUUAAAGUAACAAGAGGAUUUGUUGGGAGUUAUGAUAUGUUCAAUGAUCAUCUCCAUCAUAAAUCUCAAGAAUGGCCGUUGCAAAAUCCUAACAUGUUUGCUGGGUCCUCCCAACAUGUUGUCGCAUCUAUGCAAAGCGGUUUAAAUGUGGCACCCUCUGUUAUGGUGAAUCAGUCCUAUGUCCCUGCUCAGAAGAUUGAACAGAAUGGGCGCGCCAUUGCUGGGAAGCCAAUGUUUUCAGCUGGACUAGAAAACCAUCAACACAUGGGAAUGCAGAAUGUUAAUCAAAAUUUCAACAGUGUACUUGUUAACAAUUCUGCAAGAGUGAAGGCGGAGGCUGUUUCUGAUGUGGUGAACUUAGGGGAUAACCUCUUCCCCGAACGGUAUAGUCAAGAAGAUUUGAUGGCAGUUCUGAAGCAGCAGCAAGACGGCAUUGGGUCUGGUGGUGAAUUCGACUUUGAUGGGUACACCCUGGAUAAUAUUCCUGUUUAGAGGAAGAGGAAUAUGUAACUUUUUAAGGUCUGGUGACAUUGUGAAUGUACAUAAGCCGCUGCUGCGAAAUUGGGAGGAACUUUUAUUCAUCAAAUUUUUAAACCAGCUUCAGGACCACCAUUUUCAGCUAGAGAACGGCUUUCUUGGCUGGUAUAGAUUUUAGUUACUUAUUAUUAUUCACUUAUUUGAUUACAUUUCAAAAAAGUUUUGAAUGUUUUUCAGCAGCCCGGGCUUUAGUAAGAAGUGGCUUGAUUUUACGCCACUAUUCACCUUUCGUUUAAGGGUGUUCGUCGUGACUGCAUAGCUUGUGCAUAUUGUAAGGGGUGGGAGAAGUCUGCAGAUUGCUAGGAUAUUUUUCUUUUUUCCUUAUAUUUCCGUUUCAUUUUUUUUAUUUUACUCUUGUUCGUCUAACUCGAAUAACAAAAGGUUAAUUUGUCUAGUGUUUAGACUGUGAUGUACAAAUUUCAUUUGUUUGCCCAGGACAAGGGUCUUGAGAAAUUUUCCUUC